AUGAAUAAUGCGGACAAGAUCAGUCAAAAAUCUGCAUCUAACUCAACACUUCAUAUUGUCAUUGUGGGAGCCGGCGUUGCUGGUCUAACUUGUGCUAGACAUUUAACACAUUCACUCAAGAAACGACCGCAUAAAAUCACAGUACUUGAAGCACGUGACCGAGUCGGUGGUCGAACAUUGAGUUUGCCUGAGCUCAAUCUUGAUUUGGGCGCAUCAUGGAUCUUUUCAUCUCAUGCUGCAGCACUCUCACUUGUACGUGAACUCAAUAUCAGUACAAUCGAUCAAUACGAAAAUGGAGUGUCACUCAUUAGUACCGGAAAUGGUGGUAUUCAACGCAUGGUCUUGAAUGACAUUCACAACGGAGCGAAACGUCUUAAAGGUGGAACAAGUAGUUUGUGUGCUGCAAUGCUCACUGAAUUAACUACAAAAAAUCAAACAACAGUUACUGUAGAACUUAACUCCUUGGUUAUGUCUAUUGCGUACGAAACUAACAAAACUAUUAAUGUAAAACUGCGUAACAAGAGCUCAAUAUUAGCUGAUUAUGUGGUACUAGCUCUACCGCCCAAACUAUUAAUGUCGACUAUACACAUAACGCCAGAAUUACCACAGUCACUCAUCGAGCAGCUCAAUGACUGUGAUACAUGGAUGGCAUCAACAUGUAAAGCUAUUCUACAGUACGAUCGUGCAUGGUGGAAAGACCAAAAGUUGAGUGGAUUUGCUAUUUCACGUCAUAGCAAAGCUCAAGAGUGGCACGAUGCCAGUAGUGAUAGUUGCAAUGCUCUCUUUGUUUUCUGUUUGGCUGGUACAACCAAGCAACAGGUGAUUGAUGCUACUGUCAAAAUAUUUGGUAAUGAGGCAAUGAAUCCAACAGCUAUAUACAUGACCGAUUGGAGUAGUGAAGUAUUCACAUCAUUUUCAACAAAUAACAGUAUCGGUGGCCAUUCAUAUGCAAGUAAUCUAUGUAGACAGCCACAAUGGAAUGGUCGAUUGUGGUUAGGCAAUAGUGAAGUGAGCAAUAGUCACGGUGGUUUCCUUGAAGGUGCUGUUCGAAGAGGCACACAAGUGGCUGAUCAACUAGCAGAAUUGGUUAUUGCGAAGUGA